CUUGUUCCCGGGUGCCUGGCGGACUGUACCACACUAUGAAUCUCCCCCUGCCCGCACCCUUGCAGUGGGCCGCUCCCCCUUCUUCACGGCUCGCUUUGGUGGAAGCCCAAACAGAACAUCAUGGCGAUUGAUGGUGGCGAGCGUAACUGUGGAGUGCAUGAGCUGAUCUGCGUCAGAAAAGUCUCUCCAGAGGUGCUGGGGUUUCUGACAGCCAUCGGACUCUUCAUCAUCCUCAUGACCCUCCUGUUCUGGUACCUGAACAACAAGUUGGCACUAGAGAACCCAGGGAGCCUUCAGUGCCUUGAUGACUUCAGGAAAAAAGCUGAGUUGCAAGACAAGACCUACUCCGACGGCGACUCGCAGGACUCAUCAUCGGACAGCGAGGAUGAACUGAUGGGUCAGUAUCAGGAAGCGGUCAGCCGCUCCCAAGGCCUCCGCGGAGGAGCCAAGGCAGCCGCUAAUACCAAACACGCAGGAGGUUUCUGCUGGGAGAGCCGGCAGAAGUACAGCCCUCUGACUGCUGAGUAUAACGGCUACAGCAGUGAAGCCUCGGCUGAUGACGCCAACUGCAUCCAGAGGAUGAGACGAACGCCUCCGCUGGAUGAGCUUCAGCCACCCCCUUACCAGGAUGAGAACGGCUCUCCAAGGAUGUCCUGUACGCUGUCUGACCUGGGAGACGCCAAGUGUGAUCUGUCCUAUACCAGCGGCAGUCCCCACCUGUCCUUUGGAAAAUGCCCCAGUGAGUGCAGCGAUGGUCCUAUGACUGAGCGUUACCUCAACAAGGGCUACGAGGAGGAUGUACCGAGUGACAGUACAGCUGUCCUAAGUCCAGAGGACAUGUCAGCCCGUGGAUCCUCAGCUCAGCUCCCUAAAGGUUAUGAACCAGAUCCAGUUGCAAAAUAUGGCACUCUGGACGUGGUGUUUGACUACGACUCAGAGGAUCAGCAACUGGCAGUCACCAUCACGUCAGUAUCAGAUCUUCCUGCAUUAAAACGCACAGGCAACAUCUCCUGGCAGGUCCACCUGGUGCUGCUGCCCACCAAGAAGCAGAGAGCCAAGACAGGAAUCCAGAGAGGUCCGUGCCCAAUCUUCACCGAGACCUUCCGCUUUAACCAGGUGGAGUCAGAGAUGAUCAGCAAUUACGCGAUUCGAUUGCGCCUUUAUAGUAUGCGGCGGAUGAAGAAGGAGAAGGUGCUAGGGGAAAAGGUGUUCUACCUCACCAAGCUCAACCUUCAGGGCAAAAUGUCUAUGCCAGUCAUAUUAGACCCAUGCUGUGCUCUCCCGGGUGGUGAAUCCCAAGUCAGCCUCUCAGAUAUGACAUGCAGUGAAAGCGCCUCAUCAUUCCAGUCAGUCAGUCAGACUUCCACACCAGAGAUCCUCGUGGGCCUGGUGUACAACGCCACGACAGGACGUCUCUCAGUGGAGAUCAUCAAAGGCAUCCAUUUUAAAAACCUGUCUGCCAACAAGCCACCCAAUGGGCUGUUCUGUUGUCUAAAACACUUGAUAGGUGGACAUGUUUAUAUUAUCAGAGAUACAUAUGUUAAGCUGACCUUACUGAACUCCAUGGGCCACGAGAUGUCCAAGUGUAAGACAUCCAUUUGUCGAGGUCAACCCAACCCAACCUACAAAGAAACGUUUGUCUUCCAGGUAGCACUUUUCCAGCUAUCAGACGUCACGCUUAUUCUGUCCGUCUACAACAAGCGCAGCAUGAAGCGUAAGGAGAUGAUUGGCUGGAUUUCCCUCGGCCUCAACAGCUCUGGAGAGGAGGAGCUCACCCACUGGACUCAGAUGAAAGAGUCUAAAGGACAGCAGGUUUGCCGUUGGCACAGUUUGUUGGAAUCCUAACAGCAAGAAAACAUAAAGUGAAGAGAGAGCGUGAGGAUAACUGCACAGAACAGUCCUCAUCCCAGACAAGUGAGAAAGGGAGUUCAGCUGGGAUAGAGGAAUGUGACAGACGUCCAGGAAACGAGUCAGUGGGAAUGAAGGAAAAGACAAAACAACAUGCGUCUGCACUCAGUGGUUUCAGCUUGGCACAGCAUAUUGAUCAUUUGUAUGGCAUUGUGUGUAAAAUCACCAUUGAUUAGUCUUAUGGCUAGUAAUGGGAUGUCAUUUAUUUUCAAGGAUUGCCUUGUAAUGAGCUUCACAUUUCUGUAGAUGGCUCUCUGUUUUUGUCGGUUGAACUGGUUGAGCUGGGACCUGUUCCAAGUUCUGGGCAAUGUUGUUGAGUAAAUUAUUGUCUGAUAACUCUGCGUUUCCACACCUACAGCUCAAACAACUGACAUCAGGAUUAUUCUAAAUCUUAUCCGAAAGGUU